GUUUUUUGGUCUCUUUCACUUUCUCUUCAAUUGUAUGUCUUCCAAUAAGAAAAUACACAAUGAUAACAAAGAUUUACAACAACGUAUGGAUAAACUAUUCAACAAUGAUAAACCUAUACCCAACGACGAUGAGCUUGCUCAACGAUUCAAAAACGUGUUUACCACUGCUCCUAGUGUGAAUGAAAAGAAACCAUUCAAUUAUACUGUCCCUGAUCAUGUUGAUGAUAAGGAGGUCGAACGGUUACUUCAAGAAGCAGAAACAUUACUUAAUCUAGAAGAUAGCGAAAAUGAUACUAAUGACGACGAUUAUUUGGCAGAUAUCCUCAACACAUCAUCAAAGGCACCCACCAUCAACAAAACAACAACAAAGGCAAAACUGGAUGCUUGGCAAGACGCAUUUCUAGGAAGUCCAAGCAAGGAAAGAGGUGAUAUUAUUCUCGACGACGAAGGUCAUCAAUUAUUAUGUCAGUUACAGGAUCAAGCCGCAGUGGAAAGUAAAUAUGCAGCUUUUGAACAACAAAGAGAUGAUGAUUUGGAACGGCGUUAUUUGGCUUUGAAAAAAGAUGGCAUCAUAUCUUCAUCAUCUUCAGCAACACAACAAAGUCAGGGUCCUCUUGGUGGAUCUGUACCCAAACCAUUGACCAUCAAUGAACUUCAUGAUGAAAUGGAUGAUUGGUGUUGUGUUUGCAACGAAGAUGCUACAAUUGAAUGUCAAGAUUGUGAUAAUGAUCGAUUUUGUCAACAAUGUUUUUAUGAUGGUCACCAAAGCGAUAUGGCGGAUUAUGAGUUUACAAAGCAUCGAGCGAAAAAAUAUUCCAAAUAGAAUAGUACUAGCAUGGAUAACUAAUAGUUUAUGAUUUAUUUAUUGGAAAUGAAAUAAACUUUUAUAUACCUUC